AUGCAUGCAUUAGCUCCCGUCUCUCCUCACCAUAACCUGGCCGGCCGGCAUCUACCUUGGUCAACCUCCGGGCUGAAUAGGAGCGGCGGCGGCAUGGCGGCGAGCAAGGGCGCGAGCAGGAAGAGCCUGGUGUCGAGGACGCUGGAGCGGUGCAGGUCCGGGCUGGGCGGCGGCGGCAAGGUGUCGGCGGGGACGGCGCCGGGGUGCUUCUCGGUGUACGUGGGGCCGGAGCGGGAGCGGUUCGUGGUGCGCGCCGACCGCGCCAACCACCCGCUCUUCCGCCGCCUCCUCGACGACGCCGAGCGCGAGUACGGCUAUGCGGCGCAGGGGCCCCUCGCGCUGCCCUGCUCCGUCGACGCCUUCCUCGACGUCCUCUGGCACAUGGACCACGACCACGACCACGACGGCGGUGAUAACGCGGUCGCGCCGUUGUCGUCGCCGAUUUGCGGCAUGCAGCGGGGCGGCAGCAAGAGCCGGUCGGCAGGGUACCGGGUGCUCAGCCCGGCCAAGUCGUCGCCGGCGUCCUUCUUCUUAUCGCCCAAGGCUUCGCCGAUCACCACGACGGGUGGCAAGAGAAGGUGAUACAGAUCGAUCGAUCAUCGAGCAGUACGUACGUAAUUUGCAUAUACUUAGUCGUCUCUCUCUCUCUCUCUGAUC